AUGAGUGCAGAUUCAAAUAGUGGAAAAGAUAAAGAAAAAAUUUUUCCAUCAUUUACGGAACUUCGUAUUUAUCCAUCAUUUACGGAAAUUCGAGAAAAAUUCAAUGCACCACAAAAUUUUAAAAUGUAUUUUCCACGUGAAGUAUAUGAUCAAAUUGUAAAUGGAAGUCUUAAUGUUGAAGGAAUUCAAGUAAAUAGUCAAAAUAGUGUAACAAAAGCAAAUAAUUUAGAAAAUCAAACUGUUUUUAUUCGUCGUCCACGUGAAGAACCAAUUGAAUGUUUAGUUAUUAGACCAAAUGAUUUAUUAUUAAAAGACGUUAAAACAGGUCGAUAUAUUCGUGCUCAACAUCAUGAACUUGAAUAUGUUCAUAUUCCUGAAGAAGAAGGUCAAGAAGUUACUUUUGCUUUAAAACAAGCUGGAGAAGCAACACUUUCAUAUCUUAUUCAUGGUAAGAAGUUUUUUUUUAGUUAUUAUUUAUUUAUUGUUUUAAUAAAAGGCAUAACAUGGUCACCUCGUUAUAAUUUAAAAGUUGAAUCUGAUGGUCAUCAAUUUGAAGCUUGGGCUGAUAUGACAAAUAAUACCAAACGAGAUUAUAAAAUAAAACGUACUGAAUUAUUUGGUGGUGAUGUUAAUCUUCAAGAAUCUGGAAAUUUUUCUCGUGAUUAUGCAAGUCGUUGUUGUUAUGAAACAUGUUGUUGUCCUCCUUCACCAUCAGCAGCUCCAAAAAUUGAAUCGGAAGGAGAAUUAGCAGGUAUUUAUUGGUAUUCAAUUGAUCAACCAUUUGUUCUUAUUCAACAAUCAACAUUUUCACUUCCUUUUGUUAAACCAAAUAUAAAAUUAGAAAAAUAUGCAGGUUUACAAUAUCAUUUUCAAGAAAGAACAGAAAAAGGAAAAUUUCAAAGAAAAUAUCGAAUUGAAUCGGAUAAAUUUUUACCUAAAGGUACAGUUACAAUUCGAGAAGAUGGAAGAGUUGUUGGACAAUCACAUUUAUGUGAUAUUUCUCAAGGUGAAAAACAAGAUUUAGAUUGUGGAAAUGAUCCAGAUAUUAGUUUUACACGUGAUGUUAAAAUAUUAUCACAAAAACGUGAUUCAGCUUUAUAUUUAAUUCGUUUAACAAUUAAAAAUUGUAAAACAAAACAAAUUAAAUAUGAAUAUAAAGAAAUAAUAUCUUCAGCAAAAUUUACAAUAACUCCUAAAAAUGAUAAUGAACAAUUAAAUAAUAAAAUUCAAUUAAUUGAUGAAGGUUUUCAAAUUCUCAAUGAAGAAUUAAAAGCUAAUGAUGAAUUAAAUUUUCAAUAUGAAAUUUUACUUGAAUAUAGAAAUAAUCAAGAUCAAUGUCCAACACUUUAUCAAAAUGAUCCUAAUUGA